AUGGCCCCUAAGGACAGCUCAGUCGACACGAAUGCCGUUAUCACUUCCCCCGAAGCUCCUCCACGUGGCUGGUGGGAGUACGCUUACCUGGCGAAAUUGAAUAUGGGAAUAGUUUGCCUGACGUUUCUAUCAAGCACCAAUGGCUACGACAGCUUGCUCCUCAACGGCUUGCAGGCUCUCCCUCGCUGGCUCGAGUUCAUGGAGAAUCCCAGCAGUGUCUGGCUCGGCUUCGUGAAUGCCCUAUACUGGGUCGGCGCUGCAACCACUACUCUAGCAGCAGCCACGGUCGCAAAUCGCUAUGGGCGCAAGAGAGGUAUCUUCCUUGGCUAUAUAUGUCUGAUUAUCGGUACCGUCAUGCAGACGGCGUCGCCCAAUUCCACCUGCUUUAUCAUUGCGCGUCUGUUCACCGGUGCAAGUAUGGGGUGGAUGAAUAACGCCACGCCUGUGCUCAUCACGGAGGUGGCGUAUCCUUCUCAUCGCGGAAUUGCCAGCGCGCUGUAUAUGACAAGCUACUAUAUCGGGAGUAUUGUUGCUGCUUGGGUGACGUUUGCUACGCGCUCCUGGGGCUCCAGCUGGGCCUGGCGAUUCCCCAAUAUCUUGCAGUUCCUGAUGCCAACUCUGGCUCUUCCUGGCCUACUCCUGGUUCCGGAGAGUCCACGAUGGAUGGUGUCUGUUGGACGGAUCCCCGAGGCACGAAGGGCCCUGGUUGAUCACCAUGCCGGUGGCGAUGAGGCCGCUCCGUGGGUAGACGGCGAGCUCCGUGGGAUCCAGCAGGCGAUUGCUGUCGAGUUCGAAGAAGAGAAGGAUUCCACGUAUGCCGAGCUUAUCCGCACGCCUGGAAACCGUCACCGUCUAUUCAUCACCGUCACCCUGGGCUUCUAUAACCAGUGGGCUGGAAACGGUCCGCUUUCUUACUAUCUCUCGCUCGUGCUGCAAGCUGUCGGAGUGACCAAGACCGGCGACCAGCUGCUAAUCUCUGCGUGUCUGCAGAUCUGGAAUUUGUUCUUUGCUCUUGGUGCUGCGCUCUCUGUGGACCGGAUGGGUCGCCGGAAGCUGUUCCUGCUUUCUGCUGGCGUUAUGCUGGUGAGCUACAUUGUCAUGACCGGCCUGAAUGACUCGUUCGAGUCUUCCGGCAGUUCGCCGACGGGCAUCGCGAUGGUUCCGUUUAUCUUUGUCUACUUUGCUGGGUAUGAUAUUGCGCUGACGCCGCUGUUGACUGCGUACCCGUGCGAGAUCUGGCCGUUUAGACUGCGCUCGCGUGGGCUCAUGGUCGCCUGGAUGUCGUGUAUUGUGGCUGUUAUUUUCAAUACCUUUGUGAAUCCGAUUGCAAUGGAUGCGAUUGGGUGGAAGUACUACAUUGUGUAUGUUUGCUUGUUGAUAUCUUGGUUUGGCAUUACCUUCUUCUGGUAUCCCGAGACCCGAGGGCUGUCCUUGGAGGAUGUCGCCCUGAGGUUCGAUGGAGUCGGUGCACUCACUCAAGGGACUGAGUUGGAUGAGCGUGUGGUUAAACCGUGGACUGAAUCUAAAGAGUAG